UUCUCUCUCUCUGUCUCUCUCUCUCUCUCUCUGGGACACACUGACUGGCUGCGGGCUGGUUCUCUGCUCUCACACUCUCUCUCUCUCUCUCUCUCUUAUUUUUCUUUCCUCUUGAAUAUGGAGGUAACAGAUCCAGAGACUCUCACCAGGCGCAGGACGUCCCACAGACGAACACACACACUCACCUGAGCCUCUUCACCUGAGGAUCACCGCAGCUUCCGAGGCUGUUUCCUCCAACAGCCUGCUCCUGUGGCUCUGUGACUCCUCACCCCCCCCCCCCCCCCCUGUUCUCUGUCAUCCGUUCAGCUGUCCCCCCCCCCUCUGUCACUCCUCAGGAUAUCCCCUUUCCCUCUUUCUAGGAUUUCAUAAUGCAUCGGGACCCGAGCGAGGCCCAAGUCUGAGUCUCUCUCAGUUCGUCCCCGUGGGGAGAAACAUGGACAGAGUGGGGUCAUGGAAACACAGAGAGGUCACGGUCCAGAGCCCCUGAGCCUCCGACUGAACUCUGAACAACCACACGCAGCCUUGUAACACUUCGUUUGGCUGAGGCCGACUUAUUUUUUAUUUAUUAUUUUUUGCAUUGCAUAUGUGCGUGUUUUUUGGAUCUGUGGGAUAUUCAGUGAUGGGCAACGCAGCAGGAAGCAUGGACGUGCCCCUGGCGAAGGAGGGCAAGGGGACGUCCACCCCUCCGGGCUCCACGGGCCCCCAGAAGCAAACCGCCGGCACGAAACUCCCGAUGCCGCCUGAAGACGAGCUGGAGGAGCGUUUCAGCGCAGUGCUGAGCUCGAUGAAUCUUCCUCCGGACAAGGUGAAGAUCCUCAGUCAGUACGACAACGAGAAGAAGUGGGAUCUGAUCUGUGACCAGGAGCGCUUUCAGGUGAAGAAUCCCCCGUCUGCGUACCUGGAGAAGCUGAAGAGUUUCCUGGAUCAUGGCGGAGUCGGUCGAAAGUUUAAGAGACGAGUCCAGGAAUCAACGCAGAUCCUCCGAGAGCUGGAGAUUUCCCUGAGGACCAAUCACAUCGGCUGGGCUCAGGAAUUCCUCAGUGAGGAGAACAACGGUCUGGAUGUUCUGGUGGAUUAUUUGUCCUUCGCCCACAGCGCAGUCACGUACGACGCAGACGCUUCGGACAACUGCUCUCCGGCCACGGACAAAGGCAAAACGAUGGACCGGUCGGUGGAGGACGUGAGCAGAAGCGCCAGCAACUCCCCGUCGCACAGCUCCUCCAAGACCAGCAAGGCGUUCAUCACCAGAUUCAACUCUCUCCAAAACAGGAAGGUGGCGAGGAACUCGCGGGUUGUGAGCCAGAACGACGACGUGCACCUCUGCAUCAUGUGUUUACGUGCCAUCAUGAACUACCAGUCUGGGUUCAACCUGGUGAUGAAACAUCCCAACUGUGUCAAUGAGAUCACACUCAGCCUCAACAACAGAAACCCGAGGACGAGGGCGCUGGUGCUGGAGCUGCUGGCCGCCGUGUGUCUGGUGAGAGGAGGCCAUGACAUCAUCCUCUCCGCCUUCGACAACUUCGAAGAGGUUUGUGCUGAGAAAAGCAGGUUCGAGAAGCUGAUGGAGUUUUUCUGCAGUGACGAGAGCAACAUCGACUUCAUGGUGGCCUGCAUGCAGUUCAUCAACAUCGUGGUCCACUCAGUGGAAAACAUGAACUUCAGAGUUCACCUCCAGUACGAGUUCACUCGUCACGGGCUGGACGAAUACCUGGAGAGGCUGAAGUUCACGGAGAGCGACCGGCUGCUGGUGCAGAUCCAGGCCUAUCUGGACAAUGUGUUCGACGUGGGAGCUCUGCUGGAGGAUGCGGAGACGAAGAACGCUCUUCUGGAGCACAUGGAGGAGCUGCAGGGACACAACGCCCAGCUGAGCAGCAGGCUUCAGGAGAGCGAGAGGGAGUCGGAGGACAGAGCGUCAGAGUUGGAGAAGAAGCUCAUUCAGAUGACCAAAGAAGUGGAGCUCCUGAAGGAGAGUCUUCGGGAGUCGAGCUCCCAGGUGACUCUGCUGCAGCAGCGAGAACGAGAGAGCGAGGAGAGAGAGCGCCAGAGCGAGAUCGAGCGAGCGAGAGAGCGGGACCGGUCCGGCCGGGCCCUGAGCGAGCUGGAGGCCAAAGUCCAAACCCUGGCGGAGCAGGGGCUCGUCCGGACGGAGCGCUCCCCCUCCGGACACCUGGAGGUUCAGGUGGUCCCGGUCGUCCAGUGCGAGAUUCAGAAAGAGGUAGCAGAUACAGGUAAUGAGCGUGAGGCCACGCCCACUUCAUCGGACCCUCCGCCUUGCCUCUCUGAAGGUUCUUCGCAGGCGGUGAUGGAAGAAGCGCCUGCACCACCUCCUCCACCCCCACCUCCCCCACCACCUCCUCCUCCGCCUGUAGCUCCACCCCCUCCAUCUGUAGCCCCACCCCCUCCCCUGCUGCCACCAGUGGCUGAUGGGAGCUCAGGUAGUAAAAAAAAGAGGACUAUUCAGACCAAAUACCGCAUGCCGCUGCUCAACUGGCAGGCCCUGAAAUCCAGUCAGGUGGCAGGAACCGUCUUCAGCGAGCUCGACGAUGAGCACGUCUUAGAGGAGCUAGACAUGGCUGCCUUUGAGGAGCAGUUCAAGACCAAGGCCCAGUCCACGCCUGUGGACCCCGGGACCUUCAAGAUGAAACUGGCCCACAAGACCCCCAGUAAAGUGUCUAUACUGGAGCCCAACAGGGCCAAAAACCUGGCUAUCACCCUGCGUAAGGAAGGAAUGGCUGCGUCCGACAUCUGCUGCGCCAUCGAGACGUAUAACCAGAAAGCUCUGAGUCUGGACUUCCUGGAGCUCCUGGAGCGGUUCAUCCCCACUGAGUACGACAUGAAGCUCAUCCACAGCUACGAGUGUGAUGGCAGGCCCCUGGACGAGCUCAGCGAGGAGGACCGCUUCAUGGUGCGCUUCAGCAAGAUCCAGCGGCUUUCGCAGCGAAUCAGCGCCCUCACCUUCAUGGGCAACUUCCCCGAGAGCGUCCAGCUGAUACAGCCGCAACUCAACGCCGUCAUCGCCGCCUCCAUGUCGAUCAAAUCCUCCAGCAAACUGAAGAAAAUCCUUGAGAUCAUCUUAGCAUUUGGAAACUACAUGAACAGCAGCAAGCGAGGGGCGGCGUACGGCUUCCGCCUGCAGAGUUUAGAUCUGCUGCUGGAAACCAAAUCUACAGAUCGCACACAGACGCUGCUUCACUUCAUCGUCAGCAUCAUCCAGGAGAAAUACCCAGAGCUCCAGGGCUUCUACACGGAGCUGCACUUCCUGGACAAGGCGUCGAUGGUGUCUCUGGACAUCAUCCUGCAGGACGUGCGAGCUCUGGAGAGGGGCAUGGAGGCGACGGGGACCGAGUUCUCGCUGGAGCAGGAAAAUCCCGUUCUGCAGACGUUUCUCAGCCGAAACGCCGAGCUGCUCGACUCCCUGGUCGCCGACGGAAGAACUGCACAGGAUGUGUACGACUCGGCCGUGGAGUAUUUUGGAGAGAACUCCAAAACGACUCCUCCGUCCAUGUUCUUCCCAGUUUUUGUCAGAUUCAUCAAAGCGUACAAGCAAGCAGAGCAGGAAAAUAAGCUGAAGGGGAAACAUGUCCUGAACUGUGACGCUCCGUCGACUCCACCUAAACCUGAAGUCGUGGAGAACAAGGUUUCCCUGGUGCCCAAACUGCCCCAGAUGGAUUUGAUAGCGGAGCUGAAGAGGAGGCAGGUGUCUCCUCUGGUGAGGGAGGGGAAGGACGGAGCCAUCGAGGACAUAAUCACAGCCCUAAAGUCCGUGCCCUUCACGGCUCGCUCUGCCAAACGCUCCUCUCGCCUCUUCUGCGACUCCGUCUUCAGCGACGAGAUUUAAGGAAUCAGCCGUACAGACGGACGGACGGCAGCCGGCGCAGCGCCAAGUGGAAACCAGGACAACAGCUGCACGUGUCGUCCGACAUCUCGCUGUGAGGACGGACGUCGCCGAGCUCAGACGAGUUCAAACACCCGAUGUCUCCGAUUCAACUGUUCCCUCCAAACUGAAAAUCAACGUCACCCGACGAUCAUGUGAUCUGAGACGUGAGCUGCUCUCGAUGACACUGGACGUCACGUGAAGAGUGAGAGACGCGUCAUCACCGCAGCUCAGGUCACGGCCUCGAUCUUCACAGAGAAACUCUGACUGACACACGACUCAUAAAUCAUUUUUAUAGCUUUUUUUAGAAAAAAAAAGAAAAUGAUGCUCUUCGCGUUUUAUUUUGAAUAAAAUAUUCAUUACAAUAGCACUCUGCAUCUCUCGGUCUGUUUCUGCGGACGAGAUGAAAAAUUAAGAUGGAAGAUUUGUAAUAUAUUUAGAUUAUAUUUGAAUGUUAAAGUGCAAGAACGAUGAACUUCUACUUUGCUUCUGCAUUUCAGCAAAUAAAGGAUUUUAUACCGA